CCCGGGUUGGUCCCUCCUCCACCCAGGGUCUCCGGGAGAAGCCAGUUCUCCGACUCAGUACUCAACAGCAGGGAUCCUGGGGCCAGAGCGCGGUAACAAGCACGAGCGCCUCUCUCCGCCCUGGGGUGGGCUGUGGGUGCCCCGGCCGGGACGCGAGUGGGGCCACUCGGCAGCACUGCCCCCGCGCAGCCGGCCGCGGCGGGAACAAGCCCACCCUCUGCUGCUCGCUCCUCCCCCUGACCCCGGCGCACCCCGGCUCCGGCGCCUGCAGCCUCGCGGAGUUUGGCUGGGCGCUUAGGCGGGCGGCCGUAGCGGCGGGAAGCUGCGCUCUAACCAAGACCCAGACGGCAGCAGGAGCCAGGCAGUCUUGGUGUUGGUGUCACCAUGAACGCCUCGGGCGGCCCCGGGGCCGAAAACGCAAGCCAGGAGGGCGGCGAGGGAGGCUGGCAGCCCGAGGCGGUCCUCGUGCCCCUGUUCUUCGCGCUCAUCUUCCUCGUGGGCACCGUGGGCAACGCGCUGGUGCUCGCUGUGCUGCUGCGCGGCGGCCAGGCCGUCAGCACCACCAACCUGUUCAUCUUCAACCUGGGCGUGGCCGACCUGUGCUUCAUCGUGUGCUGCGUGCCCUUCCAGGCCACCAUCUACACCCUGGACGGCUGGGUGUUCGGCUCGCUGCUCUGCAAGGCCGUGCAUUUCCUCAUCUUCCUCACGAUGCAUGCCAGCAGCUUCACGCUGGUAACCGUCUCCCUGGACAGGUAUCUGGCCAUCCGCUACCCGCUGCACUCCCGUGAGCUGCGCGUGCCUCGAAACGCACUGGCGGCCAUUGGGCUCAUCUGGGGUCUGGCGCUGCUGUUCUCCGGGCCCUACCUGAGCUACUACACCCAGUCGCAGCUGGCCAACCUGACGGUGUGCCACCCAGCGUGGAGUGCGCCUCGCCGCCGCGCCAUGGACCUCUGCACCUUCGUCUUCAGUUACCUGUUGCCGGUGCUGGUUCUCGGCCUGACCUACGCGCGCACCCUGCGCUACCUCUGGCGCUCUGUGGACCCGGUGGCUGUAGGCUCCGGUGCUCGGCGCGGCAAGCGCAAGGUGACGCGCAUGAUCGUCAUUGUGGCCGUGCUCUUCUGCCUCUGUUGGAUGCCCCAUCACGCGCUUAUUCUCUGCGUGUGGUUCGGCCGCUUCCCGCUCACAAGGGCCACUUACGCGCUGCGGAUCCUCUCGCACUUGGUCUCAUAUGCCAACUCCUGCGUUAACCCCAUCGUCUAUGCGCUGGUCUCCAAGCACUUCCGCAAGGGCUUCCGCAAGGUCUGCGCAGGCCUGCUGGGCCAUACCCCACUCCGAGCCUCGGGCCGCGUGUGGGUUGCGGCCCCGGGCACCCACGAUGGCAGUGGGUUGGAGCGAGAGUCCACCGAUCUGACGCAUGUGAGCGAAGUGACCGGGGCCCCAUGUCCCAGUCCUGGCUCUUCCCAGCUGAGCAGCCUCGAGCCAGGUCCCUGGCCCAUCUCGGAACCAAAAUGCCCCCAAUAAGAUCCUAUUAACGUGACCUCAGGCCUCAAGGCACUUAACCUGUAACCUUGGAUGUUUGAAGGGUUAGAGUCAGAGGUGGGGGACUAGGGGAGAGUUUCAUCUAUUAAUAAAACGCACAAACCAUUUCACCCGUGGUCACAGGCUGUGUACAAAUUUCACAUUGUCAUGAAGCCCCAUGGGAAAAAGCCUCUGGGACUUCACAAGGGGGUUCUUGAUGGAUAACUGAAGCCACUUUGGUGGGUUAGGGCAAAGGGAAUGCCUACACUGAGUGCAGCUGGUUUACAGUAAAAAUGCCUAGCCGCAACUAGGGAGUGAGGGAUCACCAAACGCUCUUUACAUGUGGCUGUUGGAGGCACCAGGUGUAUGUAGAUUGCUGAACCGGCCAGUGUGUGCAACACAGGCAGGCAGAGUAUUUAAGUGGUUCAAUAAAGUCAGUCGGUGACAGACACAAACACUAUGGGUGUUCUAGUUGCAUUUAGGUACAAAUUCCUGGCUAGUCCUUGCCACCUUCCAGCUCCCUGGGGCCUCUUCCACUCUGGGCAGCCUGAUCAGUGCCCAUCCACUGUUGAGCUUGGUGUUUCCUUCUCUGGAUCCAGCUUGACUGGAUCAGGUCUCCAGCAUCUGUUUCUGCUGGGGGCCAAGAAAGUGGUUCCCUUGGUGAGUACUACUCCAGCCUGGGUUGAGGCAAGCUGAAAAUGCAGUAGGAUAAGAAUGGCCCCUGUUCGUGACUGGUCUCUGUCCCUUGGUUUGCAUCAGUCCCAGAGUUCUUGAGCCAAGGCUCUUUACAUAAAAUCAAGGUCUAAAGAGAGGCAGAGACUCUCAUGGGUAUCCCCAUCACACACGGAGUGGAGGGCACUUUAGCCAACGGCAUGGAUACUUAGCCAGGUUGUUGUCAGCUACUGAAACAUAGAAGAGGCCCGUGGCCUUGACUGGAAAGACCAAAGGAGAAAGAAGUGGGGAUUCCAAGUUUACUCCAUGCCCCUCAGCAGGCUUUGGACUGGGCAAUGGGUUCCAGGUGGCGGAAAUGGAGCGGGACGGGGACACGGGCAGGUGCACAGUGAGUGGGGCUGGGCCCUGGGCUUUGUCUUUAGGUGUUUGCAGAACUGGGUGGGUGGGCAUGCUAAAUCUGAGGCCCCAGAGUCACUGUAUAGGACACCUGUCUCCAUCCAAUGACUCAACCCACAGAGAGGUGACUGAAAUAAGAGGCUGUAGUUUAAACUCCAUCACUGCUCCCUCCAAGCCCUCUGGGCAGCUCUGAUGAUGGCUCUGUGGAUAAUACUUCACCUUGCCUUCCUCGGGGUUGGCACCAUCCAGGCCUUGGUCCAGAAGUCCAGCUUCGGAGAGUCAGCUACUGGUAGGUGGACAGUUUAAGUUUGGGAUUCCAGCCCCAGGGCAACAGGAUAAUCUCAACCUCUACUCCUCAGCGGAGCCAUCUCUUCUUGACCUCAAAUUGCCCCUGGAGGUUCAGGACACCACCCAGAUUCUGAGCACCGGGAGUACACCCCUGCUUGUACAAGUGGAGGUGUUUGUGUCCAACGUAUUCAAUGUGGUAAGUGCUGACUGGCUGCAGGAGGGCAAAGGACCCAAACACUAAGCUGGGGAGGGGCAGGUCUCAGUCCUGGCUACUGCCAAGGUCUCCUGCCUCCUCCUGUCACGCAGCGCCCAGCCCUGAGGUCAUGUGUUUCUCCCCUCCCCAGGACAUCCUGCGGUAUACAUUGUCCUCUAUGCUGAUGCUAAGGCUGGUGAGCUCCCAUCCUGGGAGAGGUGGGACAGGAACACAUAGCUAGUCCAGCUUGGAAGCACUGACACUCACCAUCCUGUGGACAUUAGGGGCAUGUAAGGCGGAGAAUGGGGUCUCAGUGGUGUCCUUGUGUUCCCAGUCUUGGCUGGACUCUCGCCUGGCCUGGAACACUAGUGCACACCCACGGCAUGCAGUCACACUGCCCUGGGACUCACUCUGGACACCCAAACUCACUAUCCGGGAAGCGUAAGUGAGGCGGGAACCCACCUGCCAUGCACAGCCUUCCUCCCCUUUCCCCUCUAGAAACCAGAGGCUGUCUUGGUAAGUAUUUUCCACAUUUCUCUUUCCCUGCCAGAACUGACAGCAGCGAAGUUUGGGGAGGUAUCUCCUCCAU